AGCUUGGCUGGUUGGGGACAGGCAGGAACCGGAGCAGCACUGCCGCCUCUGGCGCAAAGGCUCUGGCGCCUCCUCCCGCCCCACCACUGUGACUCUGAGCACGCUGCCGGCCGCUGCUCUUUCCAGCCUCUGAAGAAGAAAGCCGGUGAGCCGCUGUCUGUCGCUUGAACCAUGGCUUCGGGCCGAAGGGGCUGGGACAGCUCCCACGAGGACGAUCUGCCUGUGUAUUUGGCCCGGCCGGGCACCACAGAUCAGGUCCCACGGCAGAAGUACGGAGGCAUGUUCUGCAACGUGGAGGGCGCCUUCGAGAGCAAGACAUUGGAUUUCGAUGCCCUGAGCGUGGGACAGCGCGGCGCCAAGACUCCCCGGAGCAGCCAGGGCAGUGGCCGCGGCGCGGGGAGCCGGCCAGGGGUGGAGGGGGACGCGCGCAGAGGCCAGGGUCGGGAGGAAAGCAAGGAGCCCGAGCCUGAGUCGCCCAAGUCCGCUGGAGUGGAGAUCCGGAGCGCCACCGGCAAGGAGGUCCUGCAAAACCUCGGUCCCAAGGACAAGAGUGAUCGUCUUCUAAUUAAGGGCGGGAGAAUCGUCAACGAUGACCAGUCCUUCUAUGCUGAUAUUUACAUGGAGGAUGGCUUAAUAAAGCAAAUUGGAGACAAUCUGAUUGUUCCUGGAGGUGUGAAGACCAUUGAAGCCAAUGGGAAGAUGGUGAUUCCUGGAGGCAUUGACGUACACACACACUUCCAGAUGCCUUACAAGGGAAUGACCACGGUGGAUGAUUUCUUCCAAGGGACAAAGGCUGCCUUAGCGGGUGGCACCACUAUGAUCAUUGACCAUGUGGUACCUGAACCUGAGUCUGGCCUGACCGAGGCCUAUGAAAAGUGGCGUGAGUGGGCCGAUGGGAAGAGCUGCUGUGACUACGCUUUGCAUGUGGACAUCACCCACUGGAGCGACAGUGUCAAGCAGGAAGUGCAAAGCCUCAGCAGAGACAAGGGUGUUAACUCCUUCAUGGUUUACAUGGCUUACAAGGAUUUAUAUCAAGUGUCCAACACAGAGCUCUAUGAGAUUUUCACCUGCCUGGGAGAGCUGGGGGCCAUUGCUCAAGUUCAUGCCGAAAAUGGAGAUAUCAUUGCCCAGGAGCAGGCCCGGAUGUUGGAAAUGGGGAUAACUGGCCCAGAAGGCCAUGUUCUGAGCAGACCAGAAGAGCUGGAAGCUGAGGCUGUGUUCCGUGCCAUCACCAUCGCCAGUCAGACCAACUGCCCCCUCUAUGUCACCAAGGUCAUGAGCAAGAGUGCAGCUGAUCUCAUCUCACAAGCCAGGAAGAAAGGAAAUGUGGUCUUUGGCGAACCCAUCACGGCCAGCCUCGGAAUAGAUGGAACCCAUUACUGGAGUAAGAACUGGGCCAAGGCAGCCGCGUUUGUGACAUCCCCACCUCUGAGCCCUGACCCAACCACGCCUGACUACAUCAACUCCUUGCUGGCCAGUGGUGAUCUGCAACUCUCUGGAAGUGCGCACUGUACCUUCAGCACUGCCCAGAAAGCCAUCGGGAAGGACAACUUCACAGCCAUCCCUGAGGGCACCAAUGGUGUGGAGGAGCGUAUGUCUGUCAUCUGGGACAAAGCUGUGGCCACGGGAAAGAUGGAUGAAAACCAGUUUGUGGCUGUGACAAGCACCAAUGCUGCCAAGAUAUUCAACCUGUACCCGCGCAAGGGGAGAAUAGCUGUGGGCUCUGACAGCGACCUGGUCAUCUGGGAUCCAGAUGCUGUGAAGAUUGUCUCUGCCAAGAACCACCAGUCGGUUGCAGAAUACAACAUCUUUGAAGGGAUGGAGCUGCGUGGGGCACCUCUGGUGGUCAUUUGCCAGGGCAAGAUCAUGCUGGAAGACGGCAAUCUUCAUGUGACCCAGGGGGCUGGCCGCUUCAUUCCGUGCAGCCCAUUCUCUGACUACGUCUACAAGCGCAUUAAAGCCAGGAGGAAGAUGGCAGACCUGCAUGCAGUUCCAAGGGGCAUGUAUGAUGGACCAGUUUUUGACUUGACCACCACCCCCAAGGGGGGCACCCCAGCUGGCUCUACUCGGGGCUCUCCCACUCGGCCGAACCCACCCGUGAGGAACCUCCAUCAGUCGGGAUUUAGCCUGUCAGGCACCCAAGUGGAUGAGGGUGUCCGCUCAGCCAGCAAGCGCAUCGUGGCGCCGCCUGGAGGCCGUUCUAAUAUCACAUCCCUGAGUUAAGCAAGCCCUCCCAACCAGGGAGGCAGAAGCAACAAGAGAUUUUUCGAAGCCAAAAUGGUACACCAAUAUUUAAGAAGGAAAGUGAAUCCAAACAGUUGCCAUCUAAAGAAUCAAUAAGCCUCAAGCCUUAUGUUUCCCAAUGUUAUGCUCGCUUGCCUAGCUCUAUGGAUUGCUUUGAUUUCUGUUUAUGCAUAACCUUGAUUUCUUUGACCCCCCCCCACUUACAUGCAUGCGAUCAGACAGGCCACUAAGGUAGAGUCUGCAUAUUAUAGUGUUGAGGGCGUAUGUAGCGCUGCAUCUUAAUGACGAGGGGACAGACGAAGCUGGGACAUCAAGAAACUUAACAAAAGGCAGGAAGGUUUCUUUGGGUGACUGGGUGGUGGGAGCCCAGGGCAAGGUGGAGGGCACAAAGAGGCUGGAGUAGGGUGUGUAGGAGGGGGGUUGGGCUGGAUGAGCAGAUGGGCACUGUGUCUUGUGUCGAUGAUGCACGCUAAUUUCCAUGGAAAAUGGCCUCGUGGCAGCUGGAUGCCCCAUCACCGUCCCCUGGGAUCUGCGGAGAAGGCAGGAGGUCUUUGGGUUUGGACUUUGUCCUUUCCUAGUAGAUUCUGUUUCUUUCAUUGUUUGUCACAUGUCAGAAUCCAGCCAGUUCUUCCGCCUGUUCAACGAUACGGAGUUCGCUUGGGCCCCUUUCUCGUGUUGCUUUCUAAUCCACUUUUCUGGCUUGUGAGGGCCACACAGCAGAACGCAUGGCGCGGUCUCUCCUUCUUCCUUGGUGUUCGUCUGAGGCUGCCAUGGAGGGCGCAGCACAGAGCAGUGACGUUUCCACGCCCUUCCUGUCAGGCCGGUGGAGGCAGCUCUCACUCUCCCACCCGCAAACGGAGGAGACGCUCGUGACUGCUGAGUUAAGCGUGAUGUGAUUGGCUAUCUCUUGAUCUUCUCACAUCCAAACACAUUUGAGAUUUGACCUUUUCUUUUCAACUUUUUGGAAAACUGACUUUCUCAGUUCUUUUUUUGUUUGUUUGUUUUGUUUUUCGAGACAAGGUUUCUCUGUGUAGCUUUGUAGACCAGCCUGGCCUCCAACUAACAGAGAUCUGCCUGCCUCUGCUUCCCGAGUGCUGGGAUUAAAAGUGUGCACCACCACCACCCGGCUUCUCAGUUGUUCUUAAUCUUGUCCCCUGAUAGUAACCUUAGCUUCUAUGGGAGUAAAACAGAGAUUUAGGGAAGCCAGCCUUGAGUAGCAGGAGUAUACUAUAUAUAUAAAACCGUAUUUUCAGUUCUACGCCAUGUGUUCCCUCUUCUGCUGGCAGGUCCCAGGGGUGGGCAUGUCACUUUUUAAUUGGUACUAAAAUCUCCAGGGUGAGAUGUAUGAAGUGACACAAUGUACCCUUUUUGGCAUGGCACAUAAGGGGAGUAGGCAGCAAUGUUUGCACCCCCUUUGUCUACCGGAGUGGGAAGUCCUUGUCCCUGUCACUCUAUUUCCAAAACCAGUUGUGAACCACAUUCUAUGAGCAAGGCAGGGGUCUGGAGAAAGCUGUAGGCUCUCCUGCAAGUAACAUGCUGUGGCCUUGGCUCAGACUUCAACACUCUGGAGGCCCUCUUGCUAAGAAAUACCACACUGUGUAUCAAGUACUCGGAAGAUCAGAGCAGGGCUCACACACAUUCUAAAUACUUAGGAGAAAUCGCUAUCUCUGCCUGCUGGUGUUUUUCUGUCUCUUUUGUGUCUUUGGAGGUGGAGGAUUUUUGUUCAUUUUGUUUUGUGGAACUGGACGGUGCAGUCUGGGGCCUGUCACCUGCUAGGCAAGCAUCCUGCCACUGGCUACCCAUCCACAGGACCGCCGGCCCUUACUGCAGGUUGUAAUGAAACAGAGAGGCGGAGAGACAUUAACUGUUUGGCUGUGAAGGGAUUUGGAAACAGCAGAGGAAGUGGGUUUCUCUGAGCACGCUGGUCUCUCUUGCAGUCAUGGAAAAGUCUCUUUGAACUUCUCAAUAGGGAAUCUUGCUGUUUAGAGCUCUCAUGGUGCUUUUAUUCUAACGGAAACUUCAGCAGAAGAAAAUGAGGGGAGUGUAGUCUUGAAUUACAAUCCGAAGAUUCGGGGAUUUCUCCAGGAAAUUCAGAAUGACUUUUAAUAGGGAGUUUUCCAGAUCUGAAGCUUGUAUAACAUAUACCUCAAUAGCCAGGCUUGGCUGCAGCAUAGGUUGUAGUACCAUCAGUAGCCACCAGAUGGAGGAAGAGACAUGUAAAUUAACUAAUUCUGGGCCACCACCACUGUGUGGUUUCCCAUGCCUGAGACCGACUAACUGGUCCCUCCAGGGCUUCCCUAGUCAUGAAAAAUACCCUUCUCUAGGUCAUCUGCACUGCAGUUGGGACUUCCAAAAUAUGCCACCUUGCGAAACUUGGUUCCGCUCAAGCACUCCCUGUGUGCGGUGUGGCACAGAAAUUCCUGAGACAACGCCCCCACUAUUUUCUUAACAUGAGAAUUUUCUAAGCAACAUGUUACUUGAGUUAAAAUAUUAUAUUGACAUUGGUUCUGCUCCAUAGAUACAUCAGACAGGCCCUGUCACUGAGUUUUGGAAAGGAAAAUGACAAGGAGUGAUGACUUCCUCCACUGGCAUCCCAUCCAAGGGUGGGAGGGCAUGUUGGGUGCUCAGUUCUCUCAAGAAGCUUUGUAAUCUGGGUUUUACAUCUAGCCCCCUCUGAGAAUACCAUGUAAUCUCCAAACUCGUUGUUUCUAAGCCCGAUGGCAAUCUGUUGACAUUCAUACUGAAAGGACCACAGGCUUGAGUGGUUGGGACUACUGUUGUAGAGCAAGUAAAUCAGCUUCCCCAGUGGAGAUAUUUUUUUACUCCUAAGAUAAUUUUGAAACUAAUAGAAUUAUAGUCAUUCUCCAAAAUAGCCUUUCCCCUGUUCAAAGUCCAGUGGUUCUUUGGGUCAUUUCUUCCUGACGAUACUCAGAGGUCUCAUCACAUCUCCCAAGGCCUGAAUCCAAGCUCUGGCCUCCAUUCUGCUCAUCCUUCCAAGUCCCUUCCAAGAAGCCAAUGUGUCCCAACUUUGAUUCCUGCCCCGAGCCCCCAGAUCUUCUCUCCCAGACAGCCCAGCUUGUGCCCUGAUGCAGUCGUGGGCUGGCCUAGGCAGCCAGUCUUCCUCGUAAUUCCCCUUUGAGACAUGGUGUGUGGGUGUUCAGUUCUGUGUCUGGUGGCUAUGGACAGACAGUGCGUCUCCUUGUGACCUGUGUAGCUGUGAGGCAGCUCAGAAAUUGAAGAGCUGUUUGGUUUAAACCGUGAAGAAAACUGUGUAUCGAGUUAGCUGAGAUUAAAGAGAAAAAAAAAGCUCAUCAAGUGACUGUUAAUGUAAACCUGGUUAUUAAAAUAAUUAUAAAAUUA